CCAUUUUUAUCAUGUUCACAGCUUCUGGCAGUGUCUGACUUGUUUACAGAAAGGAAUCAAUUUGAAAUGAUGUAUACCACAUUGACAGAAUUGCGGAAGGUGCAUCCAUCAGAAGAUGAGAUUCUUAUUCAAUAUUUGGUACCAGCCACAUGUAAAGCAGCUGCUGUUCUUGGAAUGGAUAAAGCUGUAGCCGAGCCAGUAAGCCGUCUGUUGGAAUCAACACUACGCAGCACCCAUAUGCCAAGUCGGAUUGGAGCUCUGCAUGGAAUUCUUUACAUCCUUGAGUGUGACCUGCUUGACGAAACAGCAAAGCAACUCAUUCCAAUUAUCAGCGAGUAUUUGCUUUCCAAUCUGAGAGGGAUAGCCCACUGUGUAAAUGUCCAUAACCAACAGCAUAUUUUAGUGAUGUGUGCUGCAGCAUUCUACUUGAUAGAGAAUUACCCACUUGAUGUAGGGCCUGAAUUCUCUGCAGGAAUUAUACAGGUCUGUGGCGUAAUGGUUUCUGGAAGUGAUGAAUCAACUCCAUCCAUUAUUUACCAUUGCGUCCUCAGAGGAUUAGAACGACUCCUCCUUUCAGAGCAACUUUCUAGACUGGAUAGUGAAUCUUUAGUUAAACUAAGUGUUGACAGAGUGAACAUACACAGCCCCCACAGAGCAAUGGCAGCCUUGGGGUUAAUGCUGACUUGCAUGUAUACAGGAAAAGAGAAAAUCAGCCCAAGUCGUGCAACAGAUGCAAAUCCCACAGCUCCAGACAGCGAGUCCGUUAUUGUAGCUAUGGAACGGGUGUCUGUUCUUUUUGAUAGGAUCCGGAAAGGAUUUCCUUUUGAAGCUAGGGUAGUGGCACGGAUCCUCCCUCAGUUCUUAGAUGACUUUUUCCCUCCACAGGAUGUAAUGAACAAAGUUAUUGGAGAAUUUUUAUCCAACCAGCAGCCAUAUCCACAAUUCAUGGCCACAGUAGUUUAUAAGGUUUUUCAGACACUACAUACCACUGGACAGUCACCAAUGGUCCGUGAUUGGGUGAUGCUCUCGCUCUCCAACUUCACACAGAGAACGCCUGUUGCAAUGGCAAUGUGGAGUCUUUCCUGUUUUUUUGUCAGUGCUUCCACCACUCAGUGGGUUUCAGCAAUUCUUCCACAUAUUAUCAGCAGAAUGGGAAAAUCGGAGCAAGUGGACAUUAACCUCUUCUGUUUGGUGGCCAUAGACUUUUACAGACACCAGAUAGAUGAGGAACUAGAUCGAAGGGCCUUCCAGUCUGUGUUUGAGAUGGUAGCAUCGCCAGGAAGCCCAUAUCAUCGCCUACUAACUUGCUUGCAAAAUGUUCACAAGAUCACGGCAUGCUGAACGUCAUGAUAUUGGUUAAUGAAACUCGGUGGCUUGAUUUGGAAUCUGAUAUGAAUGUUUAGAGAAAUAUAAAUUUGCAGAAAGCAGCUGGGAUUUGCUUCUGCAAUGAAUCUGCAUCUGUCAGUUUUAUACUUCAUGCUUGUUUGCACGGAGAAGCGCUGUGCACCACAGAGAAUCACAUGAAAGGUGUAAUAGGAACAUUCUUAUUACCAAUGGUUAGCUGUGUUAAAUGGAAAUAUGUAUAUGUUUUAUGUAAUGUUUGGGACUAACCUGAGGCUGAAUUACUAACUAAAAUAUAUGGGCAGAUACUUUAUGCAGGAAAGCCAGGUAUUACUUUUCUUCCUGAUGUUCAAUUUAAGUCACCGUGUUGCAUCUGGUAUUGAAAAUCUGACAGAAAUACUCUCAGUGCAAGUUUUCAGUCAUUACAAAUCUUUAUAGUGUGUGUGUGUGUGUGUGUGUGUAUAUAUAUAUAUAUAUAUAUAUAUAUAUAAAAUAUGUACACUGUGAGGUAGUAUAGAUCAGAAAUUGUUUCCUAAUGUCUCUCCCAAACAAGGAAAUGAGAAACCAGUUUUCAGGAGUAAUACUCCCAGCAUGCAAUUAUUCUGUCUCUGGACUUUCUAAUAUAUUGUGGUGUAUGUGUUGGUGGCAUGGGACAUAUAGUGCACAUACAUAACCACACUUUUCUUUUUUCUUCUCAGGAUUUAAAAUUUUAGUACAAUAUAUCAGUAAAAGAAAUUUUAACUUAAAUAUUUCUAUAUCAUGUAAAGUAUGUAAAAUUGUAAAAUGUGUGGUGCAUGAAAUGUGCUGUAAUUUGAAAUGAACAAAAAGCCACUCUACUGAAUGUCUUGACAUCUGUAUUGUCCUCAUUUUCUCAUUGUGUGCUCAAGUUCAUGUUCAUUUUUAAAAUCCAUCUUAAUGUACAGGUUACAUUUUAUGUUCUACAUUUCACAUUUUUGUAGGGUAACACUUUAAAAACUGGAAUAUAUAGGCUAGUUUGUGUUGAUGCUAUGUUAAGAAGGCAUUUUUGUGAUCCAUUUGAUGGUAUCUUGUUUUGAGUUUCUUUAUUUUGAGAUAGCCUGGAUUAGCACUUUUUGUAUACUAAGCUGCUCUCACCUGUUGCAGAGGCGUUGGGGUUUUUUGUUUUUGUUUUGUUUUGUUGGUUUUUUGUUUUUUGAGAGAGAAAAAUGAUGCAAGUUUCCAGUAGCCAAUAACUAUCUGGCUUUUUCAUUUAUACUAACAGAAACCAUAGAGUCAUUUGGAUAUAAACCACUCACUUUACUCUAAGCAAAUUCAUGACGGCAAUUAAGAAUCAGAAGGCUAAUGUGGUCUACUUUGGUGCUGGCUAAGGUGUUAGAUUAUACAACCUCUUUUAUUAGUUGUCUGCAACAUUGUUUAUACACAAACACUGCAUAAACAUCCACAAAUUCCAAAAUUCUCCAGUUCUACACAGGGCCAAAUUCUGUUUACGCCUCAUACAAGCCUUUGAUUUUAGUUGGUUGCACAUGGGGAAAUCUAGGGCAGUAUUUUUCCGAUAACAGUAUCUGAUAUAAUUCUUCAAUAUAGAAAAGUAAUGCCUUGGUUCUGAGCUACAUUGCUAUAUUUAACCUCAUUACAUUUUCUCAUUAACACCUGUUGGUAACACUCAGAAUAUCUAAAUAGUGUUAUCAAAAGGAGCAUAUACUGUAUGUUUUUGUGUAUAUAAUGUAUAUGUAAUUAUACACAUAUGACUACAUUUACUGUAUACAAAUGUGUAUAUUUGUAUUUAUUAAACCCAUGGAUUUAAACUAAUUCCAGUUCUUAGACCAAAAAUGGUUGCUUUUGCCCAUAACUUGAUUAUAAAGGAAUUGCCCAAUGAUGUCACUUCCUCUUAUGAUAGGUACGAAACUGAUUAUAUGGGCAGCAGAAAUAACUGGACUUUGCUGUAUCUAGCUGUUUGAUAGAGUUUAUUAUCUAGAGGGUUAUUUCUGCCCUCUGAGUUGGCGGCUACUGCUUCUUUCUUGGGCCACGGCACUGUGGUGACUUUUUAAAAAAGAAACUGAAGUUCAGAAAGGGUUUAAAAAAUAGAUCUUAUUAAAGGUUUUGGUUAUACUGGAAAUCUUACAGUUCUGGUAAGAGACCACUUGCCAGGGAAGUGAGCUAUAAUGCCCUCAGAUUGCCAUUAAGGGUAAUAUAGAUCACUAGUCCCUUUUGUAACCCCCAAUAAUAGUCUUCUUCUAUAAACCCACAUACCAGUCAGUUUUUGUAUGAUAUAUUGUAAGUGAAGAUAUUUUUGUAAGCUAUUUUCCAAAAUUUAAAACAGAUUUUAAUAUAUUUUUGAAGCAUUUGAUAGUCACACCUUAACCAUAGAUCACUAUACUUUCUGUUUCAUGAACAGAUAAAUCUUACAUAUUUUUAACCUCAUAAAUAACCACUGCAUGGUUGAUCAGUAUGCCUCCAGAUGAUGGAGGCUGGCCAUCCCAACUUGUGAAGUUUUCCAAACAAAUCAGCUGAGACUUGCCAUAGAAACUUUCCAGCCAAUAAAAAGAGCAUAUUAAGCUAAGGAGUCAACAUGUGACAGAAAUGGAUUUCUUUUCAACAUGUGAUAAAUUCCCUCUCGUCAGUACUAUUGUUGGCAUUUGAUAGGAUGUUCAGAUUUCCCACUUCAAAACGUCACCCAAAAGUGAUGCAGCCAGGUCUGUCUUCAGAUAAAUUCAAAGAUAAUUAGAAUAGUUGUGUGCGUCGGUCUUAUCUCCAUGAAGAUUUGUCAUACAUAGAAAACAGGUUUGCUGUCUGUAGAUCUUCAGUGUCUCUAGAUUUUUCUUCUCCGGAAUUAUUAACUGAAUACAAAUAACAUUCAUUUUCAGAUGUAUGAAUGUCUUGAAGGGGACAUGGCUGGUUAUUCUCCAUAGUUUGUAAUUACACAUUUAUAAGGCUAAAAUUUAACAUUUAUUUCCUUUUGAUGUGCAUUUUUGUCCUUUGUUUCUUUUGGAAUGAAAAUUAUAAUUUUUGUAUUUGUAAAAAUAUCUAAUAUCUACACAAUUCUGGUAACACCCAUCAGUAGUUACGUUGUGCUUUAUGGCUUAAUUUCUGCCUCUUACAGCAGAACAGAAUAUCACAUGGUCAUGUUUUUUGUGUCUAUUCAAAAGAAAUCUUAAGGUUAGAUUUUUUUUAAAUUACCAUCUGUAAGAUUUGUUGCUCCAAUAUAUGAUUUUUUUAUAUUUGACCAAGAUUAACUGUUUCCCUUUUUAAUAUGCUAUCAGUAGACUAAAACAAGAUCCAUGCUUGACAUCAAACUGGUUUUGGAAAUUAAACUGAGUUUAUCACUGAGACCCGAGGUAUAAAUAGUUAGAUGUAUAUCUGGUGUCCUAAAUAACUAAAAUAAGCAAUAUUUAACAUAUUCUAUAUACAUAUAGUGUGAAUUGAUAAAUCAGUUUUUUCAUUUAGAGGGUCUUGAAAUAGUUUGUAGUAUAGCUAAGAGAAUACAUUUGUGAACAAGCAAAUUGAUAACACUGAAAUCUAAAUGAGGUUUAACCUGAAAACCUGCUUUUUUCCAUAAAGUGCUGCCUCUUUUGAGACUCUCUUACUUGCCUCUGAAUUUUUAAAAAGUAUCAGGCAGAUAUCACUUGAUCAGUAGAGGUUGGCUAAAGUAAUUUCCUUCCUUUUCAGUGAAGUUUUAUUUUAUUCCUUUCAACAGAGGAGAAAUUUGAAAUACCUUAUACUAAAACAAGUUGAAUUAAUGCAAAUAAUUUUUAUUUGCAAUUUAAGACUGUCAAUUGAGGUUUUAUUAAAGAUCCUUCUUUUUAGUCCUUGUGCCCACUUUGGGAUGUCUCCCUCACUUAAAAAAAUAAAUACAAACACCUGGUAUUCAUGAAUUCUACAUUAUAUUACUUCCCAUUGCAGAAAAUCCCUUCUCAGCAUGAAUGGAUAAAAUCUGACUCACUAUUUGACAUGAACAUUGAUUAAAACUGUGAAUACCUAUUGAGCAGCUUUCAGUAAAACUUGAAAAAGAAUAGUCAACCUUCAGAUUAAAAGUGAAUUCCAAUCUAGUAUUUCUUAAUUCUAUUUUAAGAACAUUUCAUCAUGUCAUUCUCUUUUAAAUUACAGUUGGCUUUGUAUAGCAAAUAAGGAGGUUGUGUCAAAAACACUGCAAAGGCAAUCCUCCAAGAGCAGUCUUCAAGAGCAGACUCUAAGUCUUUGUACAGUAUUUCAGCGCUGUCAUGACUAAACACUAUCCAUGUAUCAUGCCUCCUGAAUGCAAGAAACAUUCAGGUGUAAUGAGCAAUAAAUAUAGCAAUAAGCAGUCUAAAGAGAUGGUUAGUCAUUCAGGAUUUUACACAUUGGUUCUUUGUGGGGGCAGCUGAGUCACUGUGUUAAAUAAAUUUUAGUUUUCUUAUAAAGACCCCAAGAAUGCUAUGCACUAAAACCAGGAACCAACUGAGAAUAACCAAGGAUAUAUUUUUAAACUGGCACCAGUAUGUAACAGUAAAAAGAAAGCAAUUUUAAGGUUAUAAAACAGCAAAGAAAGUAUUUAAGUAAUUCCCUUAUUCUAAAUAAAGUUAUCUGUAGUAAAACUGAGAAUCUGAGAUGCCUACCUACUGUUAGGAUAAACACGGCACCAAAGAAUCUGGAAAGGGUGCUGAAGUCCAGUGUGCUAAUUUACCUCAUUUUGAGAAUUCAGAUGUUUGCCUAUUACCUUAAAGUAUCCAUUAAAUAACUUCAAAAAAACUAACAACAUUCCUAAGAGGAGAGCUUCUAUGGUAUGUCAAGUGAUUAAAGUUAGCUGGACAUGAAUGCCAUGGAAACACAGUUUAGGGAUGCGCGUACUGCUUUAUCGCAUGCAUGUUGUGUGUGGACUUGUCAUCAUUCACAUCAGUCUUUGUCUACACAUAAUGUCAAAUUAGACCAGCCUGACGAAGGAUAAGGUAAUUGGCAUACCAUACAGUCCUAUGAUGUUAUCUCGUAUGGUUUGAGGGCUAUGAUGGGCAAGGCUUGGAGCCCCAACACCAACAGUAGCUGUAUUCAGAAUAAAAGGAAGGAAUAUAAUUUUAGAUGUAUGUUUAAAUUUAAAGACAUUUGCUGAAAAUAUUGCACAUUAAAAUUAGAGAAAAUAAACUAUA